AUGGAGAUUCGCCCCGUGGGCGCGCCAGUGACGUCCACAUCGUCUGAGUCGCCCGAAUCCCACCCGCCCCAGCCCGCCCCGCCCCGUAAACGAGUACGCCGCUGGCACCACCGAGGUUUUACAGGCUGUUCGACCUGUCGCCGCCGUCAUGUUCGCUGUGACGAGGCCUCUCCGGCCUGCAAUAACUGCACGAGGCUGGGACUCGAGUGUGAUGGAACGCAGGGGAGAAUGACCUUCAAGGUCUACGGCCCCACACAGAUCCCGGAGCCACCUCCGCCGAAGGAAACCAAGAAGCGGAAGAAGAAAGCCUCCGACCCAAGCGACUCGAUCCCGGGGACGGGAACACUGGUCAUAAAGAAAGAGGAGGUGGACAGACCAUGGCAGGCUGUAGUGGUCUCCCCGACCACUGUAGCGCAACAACCGCAGGUCACCUUUCGCUUUCACGAACCGGUGCCUGCAAAAACCGUGCCCAAGUGUGUUCAAACCACAGACGAUCGCUAUCUGGGCCAUUUUAUCGAUCAAGUCUCGACCCUCCUUCUUAUUUACGAUAAUUCCGACAACACCAAUCCCUAUCGCCAACAUUUCCCCGAUUUUGCGCGCUCGUCGCCAUCUAUGGUGGGCGCGAUGCAGGCCCUAGGCGCAUUGCAUUUAGCCAAUACCUCUGUCGGACCGCAGCGCAUUUCGCAUUUUCAGCAGGCAAUGAGUAAAUAUGGGGAAACUGUGCAAUUGUUCCGAGCUCGGUAUGCUCGACCAAGUCAACAAUUAGGAAUGACCGAUUUCGCAACAUGUCUAUUGCUGUGUCUUUUUGAGAUGAUGGAUUCUCAAAACUACAACUGGGCUGUGCAUCUCAAGGGUGCCCGUGAGAUCUAUAACCUUCUCUUCUACCCCCAUACUGGCGGAACCUCUACUCGCGAGGUGCAGAGAGUCGCCGAAUGCAAUCACCCCCUUCGAUCAUUUCUUGUCUCCUUAUUGUCAUACCUCGAUGUGGCAGGUGCAUGUGCCACCCCCGGUGGCACUGUUGUCGAAGGGAACUAUUGGAAGACCCUCGGCGGCGGGUGGGAGUACAAUCUGGGGACACCUAGUCUAUCAUCACCUACAAUGCCCGACAACCCGCGCCUGAUAGAACUGCGACACGCAUGGUCAGGAAUGAUGGAAGUCCAGGCGGCGAUCAGUACCUUUGCCCGUGACAAGCAGUGGAUGCCGCCUACCCAGCAAGACAUUGUCUACAAAGACAUUUUCAACCGAUUAGUGGUGUGGCGAGCUAGUACGCCAAUCAGUCUUCAGCUCCUGGGUGACAUGGAGCUAGAUGAUGAAACCCUUGCCCAGUUUCCCUUUCCCGAUAUGUUAGAGUAUGUCGGAUGCGUCGAAGCCUAUGAGAAAGCGACUUUUUUGCAUCUGCACCAGAUCGCUGGCGCAGGUCGAAUUCGCUGGAUUACAGAUCGAGCUUACCUGGAUAUGCUCAUCACUCGAAUUCUAACCUUGAUCCGCAAGUUAUCCAAGGGCGUUGGCCAAUUAGCCAUUCUGUGGCCCCUCUUCAUUGCUGGACAAGAAACCCGCAAAGAAGAAGAACAACAAUACGUUCGCAAGACCAUGGAAGAGUUGAAACGCUUUGGCUUUAAGAAUGUCGACAAGGGCCUUGAGCUACUUGAGGGGGUAUGGUUCAAACGACGAGCCUUCCCUGAAGGCUGGACUGAGACAUUGGAUGAAAUCCAAUCGAACAUUCUUCUACCUUAA